AAAAACAAAAUGCUCCGCAAAACCGACACAAGUAUAGGAAGAGACGGAAGAAAAGAAAGAGAGAUAAAAUGAAGGCAGCUAAGCCUAAGAAUGGUAAUGGAGGACUUGCAGAAGAAUAUUCAGCAGAAAGCAGAAGAGAUGAAGAUGAAGAUGAAGAUGAGAUUAAUGGUGAUACUGUGUAUGAGCUCUACAGCCCUCUCCAUUACCUUCAACAGCUCAUGAAGGUUUUCCUCAGGUGCCUCUGCUUCAUCUUCCCUAGCAGAAAUCAUGAUCAAGAUCAGAACGAGGAAGAGGAGCACAGUGACUGGACAUGGAGGAGUUCCGGACCUUGGAGAAGGCCUACAAGACCGCCGAUAAGCACCGGAGAAGGCGGCCAGGUCAAUUAACAUUUAACUAAACCAGCUUGCUAGCUAGCUAGGCCAAGGAUGCUUUUUCUUCAUUAUAUAUACGCGCGCGCGCGCGCGUGUGUAUAAGCUAGCUCUGCAAUAUCUACAUGCAUGUGUAUAUUUGAGGAUGACCAAGUAGGUGGUAUGAUCUUUACUUUCAUUGUACAGGGGAAUUAUAAGAAUGUGUCGCGUUUGCUAGUUUCAUAAUGUAGUCGUGGAAAUGCGAGUGACUAGCUAGCAAUCAAUUUAACGUCCAUAGUUCCAGCCUGUAAAUCGACAUGGUAUAAAUCAACGAAAUUCCUUUACUAA